UUAAACUGGUUCCCCAGGCACAUUAAAUACAUUUCUGGUGCCAACCAAAAAGUUUCAUAAGCUAGUGUGAUUCUUCCUGGAGGCAACAAACACUCACUGCCUACUGUUGAUCAAACAUGAAGCUGCUUCUGACUGUCUGUCUGACCUGGGCUCUGCUCUACACAGCUGAGUCACUGCGCUGUCAACAGUGUACCGACCUUUUGUGUUCCAACACAAACUCAGUCGAGUGUCCUGCCACGAGCACUGCAUGCCACACUAUUACCUCAGUCUCACAGAUUGGUGCAACUACUGUGACGUUGCUGAGUCGAAACUGUUCAUCUCUGCUGACCUGCCUCGCUGCUGCCGACAUUGAGGCACAAUGGUCUGUGAACACGGGCUAUAUCCGAGCGGCCUUCACUCAGAUUUGCUGCAUUACUGACAACUGCAACAAGCAGAUCUUGACCACUCCUAGUAGUCAGACCAAUGGGAAGCAGUGUCCUGGGUGUUCAGCAGACAGUAUUGCUGGGACCUGCAAUGCCACCGUGUCCUGUAGGGGGGUUGAGGACACUUGCUUCAAUGCCACCAUUACAUCCAACUCAACAACGGUGAUGCAGAAGGGCUGUUCAUCCAGGAACUUGUGCACUAAGGCCGAUCUUCUAUCAGCCCUUGGUGAAAACGUCGAAAUCAAAUGUGGAGCACCGUGGAGCCUAGGGAUUGGCCCCCUGCUGCUGACCCUCAACCUCGCCGCAUAUAAAGUCCUUGUUUAGAUAAUACAUAUGCUCACACACACACACACACACACACAUUAUUUUUCAGUCUGUUAUGGAUUUAGAGAUAUAUGUUCACAGCAGUUAUGUAUUUGAACUGUAAAACCCACAGACACAGAGAUACAAUCUAAUGAAUACACAGGUGUUAUCGCACUAUACAGCAAUAAAUGUUUACUGUGGAA